AUGUCAAUCGCUAAGAAGUUUAUCCCACUGUUUGACCGCGUACUGGUCGCAAAGAUUAAACCAGACAAUAAAACGAAAUCUGGGCUGUUACUGCCGGAAUCUUCUAACCUAUCAUCAAGACUAGCAACGGUACUCACCGUAGGAACCGGAAAACUCACUAAUAAAGGCAAACUCAUACCACCAACACUCAAAAAGGGAGAUACCGUUGUUAUUCCAGAAUACGGAGGAAUGGAACUCAAACUAGAUGGAGAAAAGUAUGCCGUAUUCCGUGAAGAAGAUAUCAUAGGAGUACUCAAUAAAGAUGCAGAAUGA